GGCGCCAUAUUUAAUACAUCGGAUGCUAGCUAGCGCCCUUUAGCUGUUUACUGACUCAAACUUUAAGCUGGACGCAGAAAGGUUCAACAAGCUUUUAUCCAAAAUGAAUGUAGUGGACCACGUUCGGGAUAUGGCUGCGGCCGGCCUGUACUCCAAUGUCCGCAUAUUGAGCAGUUUGUUGCUAACGAUGAGUAAUAAUAAUCCGGAGCUGUUCUCACCAGCCCAGAAGUACCAGCUCCUGGUUUACCAUGCUGAUGCCAUCUUCCACGAUAAGGAAUACCGUAAUGCCGCCUGCAAAUACAGCAUGGCGCUUCAGCAGAAGAAGGUGCUCAACAAAACAUCUAAAGUUCGUACCUCCACUGGUGGAGCUGCGGCCAACAUUCAAGCACAGAGCUUGCCAUCAGAAAUAGAGGUGAAGUACAAGAUAGCUGAAUGCUACACCAUUUUGAAGCUGGAUAAAGACGCUAUAGCUGUGCUGGAUGGGAUUCCAUCAAGACAAAGGACUCCAAAGAUCAACAUGAUGCUGGCCAACCUGUACAGGAAAGCCGGUCAGGAGCGUUCUGCCGUGACGAGCUACAAAGAAGUGCUCAGACAGUGUCCCCUCGCCCUGGACGCCAUCAUCGGCCUCCUUUCUCUGUCGGUGAAAGGAGCAGAGGUGGCCUCCAUGACUAUCGAUGUGAUCCAGACUCUUCCUAAUCUGGACUGGCUCUCUGUGUGGACCAAAGCGUACGCCUUCAUCCAUGCGGGGGACAACCAGAGGGCCAUCAACACGAUCUGCUCUCUGGAGAAGAAGUCACUGCUGCGGGACAACGUGGACCUCCUGGUGAGCCUGGCGGAUGUCUAUUUCAGGGCAGGAGACACCAAAAACGCCAUCCUGAAGUUUGAACAGGCUCAGAUGCUGGACCCGUACCUCAUCAAAGGCAUGGACGUUUAUGGCUAUUUGAUGGCCCGGGAGGGACACCUGGAAGACGUGGAAGUCCUUGGAGGACGGUUAUUUAACAUCUCUGACCAGCACGCUGAACCCUGGGUGAUCUCUGGCUGCCACAGCUUCUAUAGCAAGCGCUACUCCAGAGCCCUCUACCUGGGCGCUAAAGCCAUCCAGCUCAACAGCAACAGCGUGCAGGCCCUCCUGCUGAAGGGGGCAGCACUGAGGAACAUGGGCCGAGUUCAGGAGGCCAUCAUUCAUUUCAGGGAGGCCAUGCGGUUAGCCCCCUGCAGACUUGACUGCUAUGAAGGUCUGAUCGACUGUUACCUGGCGUCCAACGGGAUUCGAGAAGCUAUGGGAAUGGCCAACAACAUCUAUAAGACUCUGGGGGCCAACGCGCAGACCCUGACCAUCCUCGCCACUGUGUGCCUGGAAGACCCCGUGACUCAAGAAAAAGCCAAAGCGCUGCUGGACAAAGCCCUCGCCCAGAGACCCGACUACACCAAGGCGGUGGUGAAAAAGGCCGAACUGCUCAAUCGGGAACAGAAAUACGAGGAAGGGAUUGCCCUCCUACGAAACGCCCUGGCCAAUCAGAGUGACUGCGUCCUGCACAGGAUGCUGGGAGAUUUCCUGGUGGCCGUCAACGAUUACCAAGAGGCCAUGGACCAGUACAGCAUAGCACUGAGCUUGGAUCCCAACGACCAGAAGUCUUUGGAGGGCAUGCAGAAGAUGGAGAAGGAGGAGAGCCCCACGGACGCCACGGUGGAGCUGGACGGCGAUGACAUGGAGGGCAGCGGGGAGGAUGGAGAUCUGGAGGGUAGCGACAGUGAAGCUGCUCAGUGGGCUGAUCAGGAGCAGUGGUUUGGGAUGCAAUGACCCAGAGUCCCAGAGGAGCCCCCAGUCAGCGGCACGCCUUAGCACGCCGGCAGCCUCCAGCCACCGAUACGGGAGACCGUGCCGCCGCUGGCUCCUUACAAGAUGCUGGCUUAGUAACGACAAGCAGAGGCUGAGCAUUCAUCCAACUGUUUGGUUUCUGUUACGGUACUUUAUGGAGUAGUGACCCUGUUUAACAGCUUCAGCUUAACGCAGAGCUCAGUACAAAUCCCUUUCCCAUCAUUCUCCCAACAUCACCAGCUUCGCUCUGAGCUCACGUCGGCUUCAUUUCUCUGGGUCAGUCGCUGCAGCCGUUUGAUGAAAAGCAUCCGACCACACACACGAGCGUUGGAAAAAUCGGACCUUUUGACUUUCAGCCGUUAAACGAUCUUCUGUUCGCAGCACGUCACAUGCCUUUAAACCGAGGUCUGCUCUGUCCAGAGGGGUUUCUGAAGAAAGUAAAACGGUGAAAGCCGUAAAAUAAAAGACAAAACAUGUCUGCCGUUUAUGUUCCAAAAAGAUUGGACUUGGUUUGAGUCUGACCUGAUGUCCACAGUGCCACCAAGAGAUGUGAAUAUGCCAGGACUUUGUGACAGUCUUCAAUAUAUCGGCUGCUUUUUAGGUUUACUUUUUUGUCUUAUAUUCAUUUCAGAUGUUUUAUGGAUUUUUGCCUUGAAAGCAACAUGCUCCUCGUGUUUCGAUAAUAGAAGAAAAAGGAAAAACACGAUCAGCUCACUAAAGUGUAAGGUUUCGCCUAAUCAUAAGUAAAAUGUUUAUAUUUUUGUACAUAUUUUGAUAAAUGUAAAGGUUUUUGGCAUGUAUUUAGCUGUCUUGUUUGUAUCGUUGGAUCCUAUGUCUUGGAGCCUAAACUGAAAAUAAAACCUUCCAAGGAGUCCUUGAUUCAGCUCAGA